CGACAUGCAACUAUAUCAAAAGACUCGAAAAAACCACACAAGUGCCGCCAAACAUGCAAGACAGCCAAAAGGGGGCGUGGUUGGUUCGCCGUGGCAAAAACAAUGAUGGGAAACGUAAUUCGAGCGAAAUUAACGCAAUUACCGUGCCGCAGUCAAAGGACUCAAAUUCACUUCCUUUCGAUGCACUGCAGCUGGAAAACAUACAAAAAAUAAGACUAAAGUUUGUUCGCGUGCCGCAAAAAACAAAUCGCAUUGAUACUUGGAAGCGUGUCAAAGCUGCCACCUCCGGGGGAAAUGGAGAGGUUCCUAUUCCGGACCCGAAUCGCGGACCAUUAAUGCCGGCUCCGUCGGGCUAAUUCCCAUUUUAUUGAGUGCUCCAGUUACGGCCAAAGUUUGGCACCAACGCUGCCAUUGGCAACCGCCUCGCCCUCGAAGAGGGGGCGUGGUCUUAAUGGUCGCAAUUAGUUUUUCAUCCAGCUGACACGCACUUGUCGCAAAAGUCCAUUGAACCUGACGCUAAAUUGAUUUCCCUUGGGGGCGGGCCUGGAAAAGUUAUUCAGCAUGUUUUACCUGCUAAAAUAAAAAUACUAUUUAUAAACAAAAACGUAGGUAAACUAUGCCAGAUCGAUCAAAUCAGCGUUGGUUUGUCAUCGCAACUCUGGCUUCGUGGAACUUAAUGAGUGGUUUCGGUUUCUACGCCUACAUUCUGGAUUGCUAUGUAAAUUAUCCACCUGAUCACCAGAGAAGGCAGUUCAAAUAUCACACUUUUGCCGGAACAAUUGACAAAGAUAUAGUUAUGGGAAUCACUGUCGUUAUGCUAUGUCAGAUAUUAUCUUCGAUUUUACUGUGCUUUGCAUUAGAUGAGAAGAAAAGAACAUGUCUUAUUUACGGAAUUUUCAUUAGCUUGGCUUUUCCGUUUGCGUGUCUCCCAGUUUGGCCAUUAGCUGUAACACAUGUCAGUCUUGUUUUGGUAGCGCUGAGUUAUUACUUUGAGUAAUUUAAAAAAAUUUGUAAAAAAUUUUAUGUUUACUGCAAACUAUUUAUUUUGGUCCCAGUCCUAUAAAAAAGAUUAUUUUCUG